GGUCCGGACGUGGUGCUGGAUCCACGCGCCCUCCUGCGCAAGCCGGUCUGCGUGGCCACAGGGAACAACAAGUACCUGUCGCUCACGCAUGCCAUAUCCCUCGCAGAGGAGCUCGAUAUUCCGGCAACCCCCGAGCGCAUUCGGACGUUAGAGAACCUCGUGCGGCAGCUGCCCACUUCAACAGGUUCCUCGACGACCUCCUCCGAAACAUUGCGCGAGACGGAAACCGUCUCCUCGGACGUCCCCAGCGCGUCCAUCAGCCUGUCCAGCCCAGACACCAGCCGCCAACCAUCUCCAAUCAGGAGUGGAACCGCCACGUUAAGGCUUGGACGUACGAAGGCACCAAGUCCUCUAACAACGGAUGGGGAAGACCCCCUGUUCUCGGACGAGGAAGAGCCGGUGCCGCCGCCCAAGCGCAAGCGCACGCUCAAGGAGCGGCUCACUCCAACACUCUGUUAG